GACCAACCUUCACAUUGCGUGACCAAGCUGCUUGACUUUACGUCGAAAUCCUUCCUGUGUUAAAGGACAUUGUGACGUCAGGUUAAGCCCCGCUGCAGAUCGCUCUAGUUAACAACCAUUUUGACUGUCUUCUUGAGAUAACUUUAAGAGGCGCGGCGAUCGAUAAAAUUUGUUCACGACUGGAGAAUAGUACAGAGUACGUCGAAAAGAGUUGAAGCUAGCGCUGCAUAUCGCACCGAAGCGCCAAGCAGUAAACAACGACUCGCAUGGUGAACUGAAAUACAGGAAGCGAGAAGGAGGAAGGAGAGUUUCUUUCAAAUCUACUGCAGCAUCUGGAGAGAGUUGAGGGGAAAAAAAUAUAAGAAAUGGAGAAGAAUAUAUCUUGGUGCGGUAAAACGAUUGAGAAUCAGUGAGGCAAUGGAGAACCAGUGAAGCAAGAAGUAUUGAUUUUGAGCCCGAGAGACAUAAUCCGAGUCUUUUUUAUUCGCCUCUUCUUCUUCUUUGAAGCCAGUCUGUUAAUCUUAGUGACAGAUUGGCAUUCGUCGAGUCUGCUCUUAUUAUGCUAGAGGAUUGAUCAGGACAAUUCACAGGCUAGUAUAGGACAACAGCCUUAAGUAUAUACUUAUAUGGAGUUUACUUCAAAAAUAUUUUGGAUAUUAUUUGUGUUUUUAAAGCAGUUGAUAACACUGACAUUGACACCAUGUACUUCAUGAUUUGAUAAUCUUGAUGUCAGUCUGUUUUACAUCUUGUUAAACCUAGCAACAGUUUUCCUACCGCCAUGUGUAAAGUGUGCACAGAGCUCUAGCUUAAAAAAUCCAAGUGCUUUUGAAUAUGUUUCUUAGAUGAUUAUUAUGUUUCCGUGAUGACUAUAUGUUUCCGAGAUGACUAUAUUUUUUAUCUAAUAAUCAGUGUUUUUCGGAUAUGGUUUUAACAAUGGGAGAUGACUUUUAUCGUCAGCGAACGGCCAUGAGCGGGCGACGAGUUCGGCGGGAAUCGGACGCGAGACGGGACCUCGAGCGCAUGCAUUUGAUGACGAUACGACGAGAAAAGAUGAGACUACAAGAAGAACUGGAUCGCGUCCGUGUCAAAGGAGGACAAAAAGUUGGUGUAAACAACGCUGGCAAGAACGCACAGCUUCUGUCGAGUCGGUUCGUAACAACGGCUAACGGCGAAGGAGCGAGUCAACGCCGAUCGCGACUACGUACAUCGACGGCUACAUCGUCUACGAGAUCGAAAUCGCCUUAUAUACUGCGACGAAACACGACGAACACUAAGUUGGGUUCGAGCAUGAAUUCCGAUACGGAACUUCCGCAGAUUGGAUACAUGGCGACGCCCUUGACCGGGGAGCUGGAUUCGAGGAGGAUGAAGGAUGAAAUUAGAGACCCCAAGACGAAAAUAAACGAACUGAGGAAAAAUGAGGGGCAACAGAAAAAGCUUCUGUCACUCAAAGUCGACAUGUUCACUCGAUCGUUUACCCCGGUAUCACCUACUCGCUCUCGUUCACCGGUUCGAUCUCCUGUUCCCAGUCCAACCCCAAAGACCGAGGAGAAACUUCCAAUAACGGAUGAUUUCGACAUUUCGUCAUCAGAUUAUUUGUUUAGUCCAAGAUCGUCCUUCCCACCAUCCACUAAGAAAAGGGGACAUUUCGACGUUUCUCGGGACGCAAGAAAUGCAAUGAACACUCGUCUCGCGCCCAUCGACGCAGCCGAAAUCAAUGGCGAUUACGGCGAAACGCAACGCGACGACGUUCUUCCUACGAUCCCGAACACGCAGAUGGUUCCAACUCAAUUACCACCUCGACCAACUAUCAUCAGACGACAGAGUCAAGUUGCCAUUUUGGAACGAGGCGAUCAAAAGAAGAACAAAUACGCCACUACUGCAACUUCAAAAAACUCUAAAGAAAAAGAGUUCGGUCUGAAUAAUAACAGCAACGGCGAGCCCGCAAAGAAAUCGGUGGAAUCGGAAUUGAAUCUCGCCGUCCUCGGCCGCGAUGCAAAACGAGUGAAGGAGAUCAUUGAGAAUCCUGAAAUCGUGUUUGACCAGGAGAAGUACGCCCCCGAUGGCGCGCUGAGGACUGUUCACAUGUUACCAACUGGAGACAACGCAUUUUCACAGGCGAGGCAGGCACGGUACCUAAGGUGGAGGGACCCCAAUGAACUCAACAAAGAAAAGGAGUUGACUGUUUCUGAAAUAUUCGCCAAAGGCACAAGUAGCUUUUAGUUAAGGCCGGACGAGAAUUAUUUCCAACACUGAGGCAAAUGAAAAUGGGCAUGGCCCCAAGACUUUCAUAACUUAUUUUAGCUUCAAUUUAUCCAUGUCAUCUGAAGAAAAAGAAAGGUAUUUCUGCGAAUUUUUGUGACUGUAUGAUGUUUAUGUGAAGCUUGUCACUUCGGCAUAUUUGAGCAUAGACAAUGUUUUGUGUUUAAAUAAACAAAAGGCGGGCAAAUAAUUGCUAAUUAUGGGUACACCUCAAAUAAUGUUGUUAAUAAAUAAGAUACCAGGCAAAUUUUUACAAACAUCACUAUUGUAUCAUAUUCAUUUCAAGAUAGGUGUAGGUGCUGCUUGAAGAUUGGGUUCAUCGCUAACAGCAGCGCCAAUCCCAAACAAGGGUUUAUUGAAAUAUAAAUCUAAUCUUUAAUAGCUCAAUACCUAGUGACGCAAAUUAUAGCACCGUUAUCAUUUCACACCCGGUGCUUUUGGUUAGUGUAAAGAUUAGCCUAACUCCAGUACCGGCACCAGUACCAACUAAUCUCCUCUUACACCUGCCACAGUUACCACAAAUGGUCUUUUAGUCAUGUUAGUGAUGCGACUAAAGGCGACCGCACACCGACCAGUCGUAAGGUGUGCGGUCGCCUUAAUAUGCAACCAACUGUACAGUAAUGUUAGUACUGAUUGACUUUCUUUUGUCAAACAUGAUAUGUAUAUCCAGGUGUAUAUCUGGUGUCAUUAUUUUUGAUUUACACAUUAUUUGCAAAUUGUGUGACAUCAUAGUUUCCAAUCAGUGCACGGUUUGCAUCGGACUAUAUAUAUCUGUACAUUUUGCUUUGUAUGAAUUUAAUCCGUUUCAUUUCCUAAGUAAAUUUUUUAUGAAGCAUGGUGUAUAAAGAAAUUUUAAGCUAUGUUCAUGACAAAUGAAUAGCUUAGUUGCUUUUAAUCCUAGAAAAUAUACGGAGGAACUGGCAUUUAAUUUCAUUUAAUUUAGUAUUCUCCCCAAAAUUGAAAUAUAUAAGCAAAAUCGAUUAAAGAUAUGUAUAAGAAAUGCAAAAGAGGAAAGUGUAUAACUUUUUAUAAAACGCCUCUGUGAAUAAAUUAAUGACUCGAAUAAUUAUAAUAUAAAACAAAAUAACAAAUUUCGGCUAACAAUGCUGCCCCAAUUGCUGCUCACAAUUAUUACUGAGUACAUGUGCCGAUUUUUUUUUCGCCAGUAAGAAUGACAUUUUCUUAACACAAAUAUAAUUUUCUUUUAUUUUUUUAAAGAAAAGUGUAAAUAUUAAGCUGAUUCUAAUAUUUUACUUGUUGCUACAUUAUGCUAGUAAAUGAUUCUAAUUUUUCAAAAAGAAUAUGUUAAAUCAAUUUAAAAUUCAAA